GGUACUUCCGUAAUUUCGUCUCAGGUCACUUUCAUUCCAUAUCGCUCUCUUUUAGUAACCUUCUGCUUCUUCAAAAACGGAUGUGCCGAGACAGCAAACAGCCAAGCCAAACCAUUCUUCUUCGUCCCAUUUUGUCCACCCGAAUUAAUUAGGGUUUCCUCUUCUUCUUCUUUUUUAUUUUUUUAUUUUUUUUUUAUCUCCGGAACUUUUCGUCGGAAAACGACUUGACUGACCUCAGGUUUUCUCCGCCGGUUUGUUCCGCCGGCGUUCGUUUUAAGCCAUCAACUCGGCCAUGGGAGAAACUGGUGUAAUCCGGCUACAGAGAAGUUUGGACCCGGCUGCCCGAGAGUUCAGACCCGGAAACUUCACUAAUCUGGCCGCUAUGGUCGGGCCGCCGGUCCACCAUGUUUACUAUUCGUUCGGCGCACCGUUCCCACCGCCGAUUAAUGAACUGCAAGUGGAACCGUUUCGCAAUUCCGUGUUAACGUAUUCUCCUAAUUUUCCGGUUAAUUUUAGUUCAGCGUUUGUUAAUCCAGUUGAGGAAAUUGGGGUGCCGCAGGUUCAGCCCAUAUCGUCGUCUCCGACUCGGUCUCUGUUACUGAGUGCGGUACCGAGUGACGUGAGCGAGUCAGUGGUGCGAAGGGAUUUGGAACGGUUUGGGGAUGUGAGAGGGGUUCAGAUGGAGAGAAUCGGGGAUGGAAUCGUGACCGUCCAUUAUUACGAUCUGAGGCAUGCAGAAAAGGCCUUUCAUGAGAUGAGGAACCAACAUUUGAUGCGUCAAAAACAAGUUCGCAAUCAACAUUCUCGGUUUUUGCAUAACAAUUUCGACACUCCGCCGCGGUUAGUUCGUGCACUAAUCGGUGGCUGCGCUGUGUGGGUUGACUUUGUUAUUCCGACGAGUAACGCCGCCGUACCGGACGGAUACAACCAGGGCACCGUCGUUGUUUUCAAUUUGGAGUUGGAUGUCUCCGCCUCUACUCUCAAGGAAAUCUUCGAGCGUUUCGGUCCUGUGAAGGAAUUUAGGGAGACGCCAUUGAAGAAGCAUCAACGGUUUGUUGAGUUUUUUGAUGUCAGAGAUGCCGCGAAGGCCGUAAAAGAGAUGAACGGUAGGGAAAUUCACGGCAAGCCAGUCGCCGUUGACUUCAGCCGUCCCGGUGGAAAUGGCCGGAAGUUCUUCAACCCCAUGAUUGCGACCAGAACUUUAGGCACAAGACACCAUAACCAGCCUCCUCCGGCUCGUCCUUCGAAGCUAUCUGGUCGUUUCAACGAUCCUCCACAUCGCUCAUUGUACUCGCAAGCUCAAUUUUCUCCGAAGAAGGUGCAAUAUAUGAAUGGCCGGAGCUUAAGCUACGCAGAUACACUGGUGGACAAGUUACAGCCACUGAAUUGCAGUGGAAGUACAGGUAAUGGAAUUGAAAGAAGAGCUUCCUUUGGCAGUUCGAAGAGGAUGAAUGCAAAGAAGAUCAUCAAUAGGAAAUCGCCACCCGGCUCAAAACAAGAAGCAUUUUCUCAACCCAGGGUCAAUAUUAGGUUGAGGAAAAAUAGUUUCUUGAGGAAAUCUGACCCGUGUUUCUUAAUAAGCGAAAACGCCAUGGAAGCAGAAGCAUCCGAUUGCAAAGAUUCCAGAACCACUCUUAUGAUCAAGAACAUACCCAACAAGUACAACCUGAAGUUAUUGUUGAAGACUCUGGAUAAGCACUGCAUGAAGUGCAACGAGGAGAUAGCCAACGAUGGCAAGGGCCUGCCUUUGUCCUCCUAUGAUUUCGUAUAUCUUCCUAUUGAUUUCAUCAAUAAAUGCAACGUUGGGUACGGGUUUGUGAAUAUGACCUCCCCCCAAGGAGCUUGGAGACUGUACAAAGCUUUCCAUCUUCAAGCAUGGCAAGUCUUCAACUCCAGAAAGAUCUGCCAAGUUACCUACGCUAGACUUCAGGGGUUAGAAGCACUGAAAGAGCAUUUUAGGAACUCAAAAUUUCCAAGUGAAAUGGAACAGUACGAGUUGCCGGUGGUGUUUUCGCCUCCACGUGAUGGAAUUCAACUGACCGAGCCGUUUACCGUCGCCGGUAACAUGCAUGUCGAAAUAGGCGGGAAGGGAGAACAGCGGUCUGAUGUCACCGCCGCAGAUCAAUCAUUGGAGGCAGUGCCGUGUGGCGGUGGUGAUAAUGGUGAUGAGGAAGGAGACAGCAAGAGAUCAGAAGAUGGGUAAUUACCACACGGCCGCACCAAACUGUACAAAAAUCAGAAACAGAAAUCAAAAUGAUGGUGGUAGCGUUGGAGGUUGGGAGCCGUCUUUAUCUCGUCAUACAAGGGCUCAACGUCUUGACUGUCUAUCCAUCACUUCUAACUCUCUCUCUCUCAUGGGGGUUUGUUGAUAUUCUAUGCUCUCUUUCAGCUUUACCCAGGUGAGGCUUUGUUGAUAUCUCGAUGGUGGUCUAGGA